AAACGUGGCUCCCUGCCUCCUCCACUCAUCCCUCGAUAUUCCUUUUCUGGCCAAUUCAACCUCAGUCAACAAUACAAUCUCCUCUCUGCAAGGGUCUUUCGUCAACAGCAGCUUCGUCUUACCUCCGCGGUGACACACUCUGGCUGAUGGAUGGACAACAUGCCCUUGCUCUAAACUACUGGCAACUCGACCGAGCAUCUCUAUUGCUCCCUUACCGUCUCCCAUGGCCCCUGCUAAAAGAGGGGUAGACCUCGUAUUUGCGCGCCAUCACAGGAUUCUGGACCCGGGUCGACCAGCUCAAGCUCCCUCGCUAAAACAACAGCGUCCGGGCGAAAUAUCCCUAACUAUGUGUUGGCCUGGAGCUCGAGAGAACCAGUCCACGGGGCGAGCUUCUCCCCUCCUCAAUAAACUUCCUUCAUCCGCUCUUUCGUUCUGAAAUAUCGCCGAGAGUCUCUUUUUGCGCCCUGGUGGUACCAUGUCUUGCUUGCUUCUGUUCUCCUUGUUCCUCCUGGUCGAAGCAGCAUGUAUAGUCUGGGCUAUCGAUGUCACCGUUCCGACCGAAGGCGAGACUUACUCUUUGAAUCCCGGAUCGAGCCUCAUCCAGUGGGAGCAACAAUCUGGUGACCCUUCCGAAUGCGAUAUUUGGCUCCAGAAAGAAGAUGGAGGCCAGGCCACGUAUUUCCACUUCGCUCACGUCGAGGUGUCGGCCUGCCAACUCGACUUCUCAUCCUGGCCGGCGUCUCUGAUGAACGAGUCUCGGUCCCUGAUCCCGGGCGAGUAUUGUUUCACCUUUACGACCACGGCUUCCUCCGCCGAGCAGGGGACCUUCCUGGCCCAGUCCGCAGACUUCGUGAUCCAGGACAAGGAGAGCUCCAAGGGACUCUCCACUGGCGCCCGAGUCGGUAUCGGCGUGGGCGUCGGUCUAGCCGGGCUGGCCUUCCUGUGUCUGUGCGGCUAUAUCGUCAUGCGCAGAAAGCGAAGAUGCAAGCGCCCCGGGGAAACCCAAGCACCAUCAUACUCCAAGCCAGAGCUGGAAGACAAUCAGGUCGCAAAGUCUCCGCUCUCCACCGCAAAGCCCGAGCUAUCAGCCAGUGCGGAAAAGGUUGGGCUGUCCGAGCUCGCCUCCUCCGCGUCCAUGAUACACGAACUCCCCGGCAGCAAUCACCAGCCAUAUGAAGCAGGAACUAGCACUGACCACGGCACGGCGUUCGGCUCAAGCGACCGAACGUUUUGACCGAAACGACGAACAUGACCUCCGCCGAUCCAAAGUGUCUGAGAUCAGAAAAGGCCGCUGACGCUCUGGCCCUUACGCUCGCGGCUCCAUGACAAUUCUCGAGUGCGGGAAUCCAGAGGUCUACUGGUGUUUUACGUUCUCUCCACCGCCAAUCGCUGAUCUCUCAAAUUUCUUCCUUCUGCGCGACAGUUUGGAGCGCGCAUAACGUGCAAAUUGGGCCAAGCAGUUCAAUCGACGCAAUGCUCCCCCACUCGAAAUCCUUUGGCAAAAUAUCGAACCGACGAGUCUCCGUAGACUGCGACGGUCCUUGGAUGGAUGGAUGGAUGGAUGGAUGACGAUGGGUAUCCCGCCAAGGGAGAAACUCUUCUGGAAUCCCCUGUUUCCUGGCCCCGCCGCCUACUUCGGCAGGGGUUGGCUUGGGCGAUCGAGGAUUGCGGCACUGCAACGGACGGAACAUUUUGCUGUGGAAGCGUACGAUUGAUUUGGACGUACGUAUGCGUAGCGGGAGCAACUUUGAGAGGCUGUUGAAUACAUUGAUGGGGUGGUGAUAGUGAUGGUGAUUGUAGUAGUGCCAACCCGCCUUCUGCCGUGGUAUAUCAAAAGCGUCUGUCAUCGCUUUCACCCGGGCCGGACGACUAAGAGGAGGCAAGCAGCCGCAAGCUCUGCGAGAGGAUGCACCGUACUGACCAU